CAGCGCCUCCAUCGCGCCGGGGCCGCGCUCCGCCCCCGGGGAGGAGCGGCGCGAUGGCGGCGGCCGGGCGGCGGCGCUGAGGAUGAUAUCGCGAUACGCGCGGAAACCGGUGCAGGCGCAAGGACUCCCAAAACAUGCCCUGAGGCAUCACCCACCACCCGAGCCACGGGCUCAGGUGUGCUCAGCCACACCCACGGCUGAACACCUUGCCCAGACCUCCAGGGAAUCGAGAAUCCAUAAGGGAUCAGAUGAUCAUGGGGAUCCACGGACUGCAAGUCAGGGUUGGGCUGACACCUCCACAGAAGACAGCUCAGUCUUUUCUUGGGGCUAUGACGAAUUUGACAAAGCUGCCACACAACAAGUUCAGCAGAUGUUUAGACAAAUUGAUGAGCUUCUGUAUGAGCAGAAAGAGAACAUUCAUGUUGAGGGACUGCGGGAAGAAUGCCACCAGUGGUCCUCCAGCUUUCCUCAUCUCAGGGUGGUGGGGAAGCAGGUGGUGACCCCCACAGAUGAAGGGUAUGGAUGGUACUCGAGUUCCCCCUCGGGCAGUUUGGCUCCCUCUGAUGUAAGUCCACCACAGGAAAAGGAUUCUGAUGAAUUUAGUGUUUUGGGCAAGAAGGUGCCUCUUUUUGUUGCUCCUACUCACAAAAAGGCCGACCCUUCCAAGCCUCUGACCUUGUGUUCCUCAGAGAACAAUGAAGGGGAAGAGGAAGUCAUUCUCUCCGAAGGCAUAGUGGAGGAAUACUUGGCAUUUGACCACAGAGAUGUGGAGGAGGAGUUGCACGAGAGGAAAAUGGCACUAUCCUCUGGCAGACGGAAAUUGGGGUUUCCUCCUGUCUCUCCCUAUUCCUGCAUGAAGGAUUCCGUGCUCACGUUUGUGUUUGAUGAUGUGUGGAGUGAAGUCCUGGUCUGCAUGGAAGAAUUGAUCUGCAGGCACUGGGAAGGGUCAGCCUCUGAUGAUGAGAAAAAUAUCAUAACAGUGGAAACACUUCGAGCAGAUGCCAGAAGCCCUUUGCAGCUGGAUCCUUUGCCAGCACUGUUACCUCGGGUGCCACACACUAAGAUGCCCUCAGUGACACCAAAUCUGUGCCCAAAACCUAGAGGUGGCCGCAAAAGCAAAAAGAGGAGAAAAACACCUCAAGUAAGUCUCUCUCAAGAGACAUGUAGUAAUUCUCAGCGUAACCUGAAUGGCUUGAUGGUGAUCCAUGGGAUCCAGUUACACCAAAGGAACCUGCCUGUAGUGGAGAAAACACUGGACCUGGAUGACAAACGGCCAGGUUCGAGUUCCCUCCUCUCUACCCGGACGUGGCCAAGUCGUCCCCUGGAGCUCAGCACCUCGUCCCUGUCCCGCUGCACCAGGAGGAGGAACCCCCCCCCACGGACCCUGCAGCCCAUCGGGACCCCGCGCUCCGGGGACGACGUCUGCAGGCACCUCCUGACUGCACAGGAGCAGCUGACCUCACCCUCCCCACUGCUGCUGAACAGAAAUCACCCUCUGCCACCCAUUGCCACCACCACUGUGGCAGAGCGUGGGAGCACCACAGGACCCCACAGGCAAAUGAAACCUCGAGGGAACUCGAGCCGUACUCACAGUGUCACGACACAAGACAACACUUGCCAGCAGCUCCAGGAGCAGCUGUUCUUACCUGAUCCCUUCUCCAGGUCUAACACAACCAGCACAUCCUCGCCCCAUUCCCAGCGCCGCCGUUCUUGCACUGUUACUGAUUAUAGUAAUCAAUCCUGGACAAGGAGAGGAUCCACAAGUUCAGGUCUUCCAUCACGUGGUUCUGUGAAAGCCCACGGCCGAAGUGGAUCAGGCACAAAGAGUAAACAGAGGCACUGAUGUGCCAUGGGGAAGCAUCCACCCAUCCAUCCCUCUCCAGAGUCAUGAACCACCUGUUUCCCAGCAAGGUCAACGUUGUUUACAUAGAGUUUUCAAACACCCUUCCUUACAGAUAGUUAUUUUUAUAUAAAUCUAAGCAGCAGCUGCCAAAGAUUAGAAGGGGUGCACUUAAACAUUCCAUUUCCUACCAGUAGAGAAAGUGAUGCUCCAGUGGAAGGGUGAAGCCCAACUCCUAGGAAACCCAGCAAACACUCUCAGUCUGUGCUUGUGCUGUUUUCCAUGAGGCUGGUGACAGGUUCAUGUCCUUACAGGCAGGUACUGCAGGACCUGCUCAUUUUUUCCUUUAGGAGGGUUAACCCAGCCUUCCACAGGUGCAGUGAUUUACAUUUUUUUUAAAAGUGUAUUUAUAUGUUUAAAUAUGUUUAAAGCAAUAUUGUGCUAGCAAAAGCAAGCACUCAGCUUAGGCAAGUGAUGAAUGCUGUGGCAGCUGCAGCAGGUAUGAACACAGGUGUGCAGAACCAAGGCAGCAGAGCAGGUGACCUGGCAGCUCCAAGGGCAGCACACCACUGCCUCUUCCCGAGUUAUAAAACCUUUUACCUCUUCCUCAGUGACUGAAGAAGGCUGAGCAGGCAGAAAGAAACUUCUUACUGCAAGUAGUUUCAGACAGUACUCAAAAUCUUCCUGGUGAGACAUUUUAUGGUUAUUUCACAGAACAGCUCAGUGUCCCUUUGUAAAAAUACCUAUAAUUACACAAGAUUUUUUCUCUCCAAGGUAGGGCUCCAGAAGCCACUGAUGCAUUGGAGCUUUUAGGAGCUGUGUCUGCCCUGUGUGACAGGCCUAACAGAGGCAUUUGUUGGAGUUGGCCUUGUGGCUCCAGAUAAGACAAAUGAAACCAUGAAGUACAGGCUUCUCAAAAUAAGUGAUUAGUUGAAGGUCUUACUCCCAAACAGUAGCUGCCAGACUGAAAUAUAAAAACAAGCUGAGGUAACCACUGGCUGUAUUUAAACAAAGUUUGGACGCUCCACAAAAACAGUUCUUCCUUUCUAGUCCAAUUAAAGAGCACUGUUUUCCUGUAUUUUCUUAUUCUUCAAAUUACAGUUCACAAUAGAAAAAAACCUUGUUAGUAUUCUUUAUGAAGUGGCUUCCCUAUUUCCCCACUCCAGACCAGCUAAUAAUUUUUCAUCCAUACUGAAGCUCACAAGUCCAGUUGAUCCAAACAUGCUUUAAUCAAAAACAAGGAACUGUGCAAACAUAACUGGGUUAACAUGCCUUUGCAUUUCCAGAAGUUAAAAAUAAAAAAGCAGCUCUGAGCUCAAUCUUAAGUUUUCAGAGAGGGAAGCUGAUGCUCACCAGAGGCCUCUACUCACUAAAACAUUUCAAAAUAGUUUCUCUUCUGGAACACUGUGCAGUGUGUCAGUUAUGUCAGGCGAAGUGCAGAUAAGCAUCCCAUUUGUAUCCGUGCCAUUCCUCAGGGACCAAGUGAGUUUUCUGUAGCACAAGAGUUACAAAAGCAGACAAACUUGAAUAGACUUCUGUUAACAAGAUGUAGUGUUUUACAGCCUAGAGGAGUCAGUGGGUUUAAAAAAUGCAGUUGCCUCCUAUGGCCAUUUCUGGUUUUUUUGUACAGAUGGCUGGCACCAGAGACUGUUCCUGGACUGUUAUUUAUUUUGUGUAAUAAAAGUAACCUUCAA